UAGCACUCAAUUUAUUUAGCAGUUCCGUUUUUGGCGUUUAUAGCUCUUAGCACUAGGUGGCGAUGUGCUCCUACAGUUUCCAAGCCACAUCGAGUAGAAGAAGACUUCAUCAGCUGACAUCCGCGUACAAUAUUCAUAUACCAUGCCAGGAAGAGCAGGUGGACUCGGUGGGUUUGCUCAGAUAACGGACUGUUUGUACAUCGGCAACAGCAAAACAGCAAGCGACUCUUCGAUCAUCCGUUCACUCAACAUUACAUGCGUUAUCAACACAACUCAGGACGUAAGCAAAACAAACAUCCCCACUGUGGAUUACAUGCACGUGCCUGUCGCCGAUGAUCCUGAAUCCAGACUCUGUGACCAUUUUGACACCGUUGCUGAUAAGAUACAGCAUGUCAGUGAUGAAGACGGACACGUGCUGCUUCACUGUAACGCAGGGGUCAGUCGCUCGGCGACGCUGUGUCUGGCGUAUCUGAUGAAGCACCGCUGUAUGACGCUAGCGGAGGCGCACGCGCUGCUCAAAUCACUCAGACCCAUAGUGAGACCCAACAGCGGCUUCUGGAGGCAGCUGAUCGAGUACGAGCGCAGAUUACAUGGCAAAAAUACAGUCAGUAUGAUAAACUCUCCUGUCGGACACAUUCCAGAUCUGUAUGAGAGAGAAACAAGAGGCUUGAUUCCACUUUAGGAAAUGAAUAACAAACCGUGAUAUCUUGUGCUUCCUGUCAUCCCAUUCAUGUUUGAAUGAUUUUGGGCAUUUUUAUAGUUGGUUUAUGUAUUAUAAUUUUGUCUGAAUUUGUUGUUUUUUAUAAUAAAGUUUUUGAUGAUGUGCACAAAAAAUGCCACAAGAUGGCAGAAGGGCACAUUUAAUCUUACACAAGUCUUGGAUUACUUGUGGAUUAUUGUGAUGUUUUUAUCAGCUCUUUGGACUCUCAUUCUGACGGCACCCAUUCACUGCAGAGCAUCCAUCGGUGAACAAGUGAUGUAAAUGACUUCAUACAGUACAUCCACUAAAUAUCAUCUUGGGACCAGAUUUUUAAAAUCAAUGCAAAUAUGGCUUAAAAAGUGAGGUUAGUUCUGAGAACGCUCUUGCAUCUGUACAGUUAAUGCCAUCUGGUUCAAUAUUUUUGUUGGCCAAUACAAUGACAUUCAGGUAUUUUAGUCUGGCUUAAGUGUUCCAAUACAUUUUGGGCCAGUGUAUUAUCAAAGAUUGUUGUGGUUUAAACAAGAAUGUUUUUAUUACCAACAAUAUCCAUCAACAAAGUUCUAUUGUAAGUCCUGAAAAGCAAAUACCUCCAAUGAAAAAAAAGUGUGUCACUGAGUCAGUGAACAUUCAGUAUUGGCAAAAAACAUGUGCAUCCUAAAUCAACAUCCCAUACACUUUAAAAUAUAUUAUAAGUUGUAAAUACAACUAAAAUUAUUAUUGUUUUACAAGAAAAAUAAAUCAGUAUUUCCAUUUCAAAAUGUUUAAUUCAGUGUUACUUGCUAGCAAUUUCUAUGUGAAAAUCAAACAUUGGUAAAGUCAUGCUUUUAAUAUUUUGAAGAUCUUUAAAAAUUUUAUUUAUUCCUGUGAUGUAAAGCUGAAUUUUCAGCAUCAUUACUCCAGUUUUCAAUGUCACGCAAUCUUUUAGAAAUCAUUCUAAUAUGCUGAUACAUGCUCUUAUGCAGUCAGCUACAGUACAUGCUUUUAUCAUAAUCACAAUACACACUUUCCCCAAAGGGAAGUGAAUACGGAAAGUUUUGAAGUUAGUAAGUAUAACUACAUGUCCUUUGCAAUGAAGAUCUACAUAAAUGGAAGAAAAGAUUAUGUAUAAUACAUGUUUAUUUAUGAUCUGAAUAAAUUCUAUAUCUAGAAUGUU